AACCCCCCUCCCUCCGUAACCAAGAACCUCAACAGUUCACUCUCACGCUUCUCUCUUCUUUUCUUGUAAACUCUUCAUUCUGUGCGAUUUUUAUGCGAUCAAAACCGGACUGACUACGCCGACGCUCCGACUACACUCGUCACCAUUACUCAACCAAUUCAAAUUGAAAGCGUUAUCACUUCUUUUUCAUUUUCUUCAUUUUUCCACUUCCAGAUCUGACUCACUGAGUCACUGCUAGUCUUAACUCGGGAAUGGCUUCUUCGGAAGCCGAUUCCCGCUUGAGCCAAGCCCUAGCUCCAGCCCUCGAAAAGAUAAUCAAAAACGCGUCGUGGCGCAAACAUUCGAAACUCGCUCACGAAUGUAAAUCAGUUCUUGAGAGACUCACUGCUGCUCAGAAACAGACCCCUUCAUCACCUACAGACUCGGAGCCGGAAAACUCCAUCCCUGGCCCUCUCCACGACAGCGGGCCUAUAGAAUAUUCGCUCUCAGAAUCUGAGUCCAUUCUUAGCCCUCUGAUCAACGCGUGCGGUACUGGCUUCCUCAAGAUAGUUGAUCCUGCCGUUGAUUGUAUUCAAAAAUUGAUCGCCCAUGGUUACCUUCGUGGCGAGGCGGACCCCUCUGGAGGUCCCGAAGCGAUAUUUCUUUCCAAACUAAUUGAAUCGGUCUGUAAAUGCCACGAUUUAGGUGAUGAUGCUGUUGAGUUACUGGUUUUAAAAACGCUUCUAUCGGCUGUCACGUCGAUGUCUUUAAGGAUUCACGGAGAUUGUUUGUUGCAAAUUGUGAGGACUUGUUAUGAUAUUUAUCUAGGUAGUAAAAAUGUGGUUAAUCAGACGACAGCGAAGGCUUCACUGAUCCAAAUGUUAGUGAUUGUUUUCAGAAGAAUGGAAGCAGAUUCGUCAACAGUUCCGAUUCAACCAAUUGUGGUUGCUGAAUUGAUGGAGCCAGUAGAAAAAUCUGAUGCGGAUGGGUCCAUGACAAUGUUUGUACAAGGGUUUAUAACGAAAAUUAUGCAAGAUAUUGACGGAGUAUUGAAUCCAGUUACGCCGGGUAAGAUUUCAGCUGCAGGUCACGAUGGUGCAUUUGAAACCACUACUGUGGAGACGACUAAUCCAGCUGAUUUACUGGAUUCAACUGAUAAGGACAUGUUGGACGCUAAGUAUUGGGAGAUUAGUAUGUAUAAGACGGCAUUGGAGGGUAGGAAAGGGGAAUUGGCUGACGGAGAAGGGGAAAGAGACGAUGAUUUGGAGGUUCAGAUUGGGAAUAAGUUGAGACGGGAUGCAUUUCUGGUAUUUAGAGCACUUUGUAAGUUGUCUAUGAAGACUCCUCCUAAGGAGGCAUUGGCGGAUCCCCAAUUGAUGAGAGGGAAGAUUGUGGCUCUUGAGUUGUUGAAGAUCCUGUUGGAGAAUGCCGGAGCUGUGUUUCGGACCAGUGAAAGGUUUUUGGGUGCCAUUAAGCAGUACUUGUGUCUGUCAUUGUUGAAGAACACCGCUUCAACUCUUAUGAUUGUUUUCCAGCUUUCUUGCUCCAUUUUCAUUAGUCUGGUAUCAAGAUUUAGAGCUGGACUGAAAGCAGAGAUUGGGGUGUUCUUUCCUAUGAUUGUGCUCAGAGUUUUGGAAAAUGUUGCUCAACCAAAUUUUCAACAGAAGAUGAUAGUGCUUCGGUUUUUAGAGAAGCUCUGUGUUGAUUCACAGAUUUUGGUAGAUAUCUUUAUUAACUAUGAUUGUGAUGUCAACUCAUCAAACAUAUUUGAGAGAAUGGUCAAUGGACUUCUUAAAACUGCUCAAGGUGUCCCUCCUGGUACAACCACCACACUAUUGCCACCUCAAGAAGUGACAAUGAAACUUGAAGCCAUGAAGUGCCUAGUGGCUAUAUUGAGAUCAAUGGGAGACUGGAUGAACAAACAAUUGCGCAUUCCAGAUCCUCAUUCUACUAAGAAACAUGAGGCAGUGGAGAACAGUCCCGAGCUCGGAACUGUUCCCGUGGCAAAUGGGAAUGGGGAUGAGGCUGUUGAGGGAUCAGAUUCUCAAUCUGAAGCAUCCAGUGAGGUUUCUGAAGUUUCGACCAUUGAACAACGUCGAGCUUACAAGCUUGAACUUCAGGAAGGUAUAUCUCUUUUUAAUCGGAAACCCAAGAAAGGAAUUGAAUUUCUUAUUAAUGCAAAUAAGGUGGGCAACUCACCGGAGGAGAUAGCAGCUUUUCUAAAAAAUGCCUCUGAUUUGAACAAGACUCUGAUUGGUGAUUAUCUAGGAGAAAGGGAGGAGUUAUCACUUAAAGUAAUGCAUGCCUAUGUGGAUUCUUUUGAAUUUCAAGGCAUGGAGUUUGAUGAGGCAAUCAGGGCCUUUUUGCAAGGCUUUAGGUUGCCUGGUGAGGCACAAAAGAUUGAUCGAAUAAUGGAAAAGUUUUCUGAACGUUAUUGUAAAUGUAAUCCAAAGGCAUUCAUUAGUGCUGACACAGCUUAUGUCCUUGCAUAUUCUGUAAUACUGCUCAACACUGAUGCCCAUAAUCCUAUGGUGAAGAACAAGAUGUCGGCUGAGGAUUUUAUAAGAAACAAUCGUGGCAUAGACGAUGGAAAAGAUUUACCUGAGGAGUAUCUGAGGUCAUUGUUUGAUCGGAUAUCAAGAAAUGAGAUCAAAAUGAAAGAAGAUGGUCUGGCUGUUCAACAGAAGCAGUCUAUGAACUCAAACAAAAUAUUAGGCUUGGACAGUAUCUUGAAUAUCGUGAUCCGAAAGCGGGGCGAGGAAAGGCAUAUGGAGACCAGUGAUGAUCUCAUCAGGCACAUGCAAGAACAAUUUAAGGAAAAAGCUCGCAAAUCUGAAUCAGUAUUCUAUGCAGCAACUGAUGUGGUAAUUCUAAGAUUCAUGAUUGAGGUAUGCUGGGCGCCCAUGUUGGCUGCCUUUAGUGUGCCCCUCGACCAGAGUGAUGAUGAAGUGAUAUUAGCUCUGUGUCUCGAAGGCUUUCGUUAUGCUAUCCAUGUCACUGCUGUAAUGUCCAUGAAGACUCAUAGGGAUGCUUUUGUGACUUCAUUAGCAAAGUUUACUUCUCUUCACUCUCCCGCUGACAUCAAGCAGAAAAACAUAGAUGCCAUCAAGGCAAUAGUCACAAUUGCGGAUGAAGAUGGAAACUAUUUACAGGAGGCAUGGGAGCAUAUUUUGACGUGUGUGUCCAGGUUUGAGCAUCUGCAUCUCUUGGGAGAAGGUGCUCCUCCAGAUGCCGCUUUCUUUGCUUUUCCACAGAAUGAGUCUGAAAAAUCCAAACAAGCUAAGUCAACCAUCCUUCCAGUUCUAAAAAAGAAAGGACCUGGGAGGAUUCAGUUUGCAGCUUCUGCUGUGAUGAGGGGUGCAUAUGAUAGUGCGGGCAUUGGUGGCAAUGCUUCUGGGGUGGUCACAUCUGAACAGAUGAACAAUAUAGUCACCAAUUUAAACAUGUUAGAGCAAGUUGGAAGCUCUGAAAUGAAUCGUAUAUUUACACGAAGUCAGAAGUUGAAUAGUGAGGCAAUAAUAGACUUUGUUAAGGCUCUUUGCAAGGUCUCAAUGGAGGAACUCCGAUCUGCAUCUGAUCCACGGGUUUUCAGCCUCACAAAAAUUGUUGAGAUUGCGCACUAUAACAUGAACCGCAUCAGGCUGGUGUGGUCAAGCAUCUGGCAUGUCCUCUCUGAUUUCUUUGUAACCAUUGGCUGCUCCGAGAACCUCUCAAUAGCAAUUUUUGCAAUGGAUUCUUUACGCCAGUUAUCAAUGAAAUUCCUAGAGCGAGAAGAGUUGGCUAAUUAUAAUUUUCAGAAUGAAUUUAUGAAGCCUUUUGUCAUUGUGAUGCGGAAGAGUAGUGCUGUUGAAAUCAGAGAAUUAAUCAUCAGAUGUGUCUCACAGAUGGUUUUAUCUCGUGUCAAUAAUGUCAAAUCAGGAUGGAAAAGCAUGUUCAUGGUUUUCACAACGGCAGCUUAUGAUGAUCACAAAAACAUUGUACUCUUGGCCUUUGAAAUUAUUGAGAAGAUUAUCCGAGACUACUUCCCAUACAUUACUGAGACUGAAACAACCACCUUCACAGAUUGUGUCAAUUGCCUAAUAGCAUUUACAAACAGUAGAUUCAACAAAGACAUUAGUCUGAAUGCUAUUGCAUUUCUUCGGUUCUGUGCCACUAAACUUGCAGAAGGAGAUCUUAGUGCCUCAUCAAGGAACAAAGACAAGGAAGCAUCUGGAAAGAUUUCUCUGACCUCCCCUCAACCUUUGAAAGAAGGAAAACUGGAUAACGGAGAGAUUAUUGAUAAAGAUGAUCAUCUCUAUUUCUGGUUCCCUUUGUUGGCUGGUUUAUCAGAACUUAGCUUUGACCCAAGGCCAGAAAUCAGGAAGAGUGCCUUACAAGUGCUGUUUGAAACUUUGCGUAACCAUGGUCACCUUUUCUCACUGCCUCUGUGGGAGCGGGUGUUUGAGUCAGUCCUAUUUCCAAUAUUUGACUAUGUGCGGCAUGCCAUUGAUCCUUCAGGGGAGAACUCACCUGGACAAGGGAUUGAUGGUGAUAUGGGUGAGCUUGAUCAAGAUGCAUGGCUCUAUGAGACAUGCACUUUGGCCCUCCAAUUAGUUGUGGAUCUUUUUGUCAAAUUUUACAACACUGUCAAUCCACUUUUGAAGAAGGUGCUGAUGCUUCUGGUAAGUUUUAUCAAACGUCCUCAUCAGAGCCUUGCUGGUAUUGGAAUUGCUGCUUUUGUCCGAUUGAUGAGCAAUGCUGGGGAUCUAUUUUCUGAUGAAAAGUGGCUAGAAGUGGUGUUGUCAUUAAAAGAAGCAGCCAAUGCCACCGCUCCUGAUUUUUCUUACAUUGUUAGUGAAGAAAGCAUGGUCAGGAACCAUGAAAAUGCGUCAAAUGGACAAAUUAAUGGGGAGGCUUCUGGUUCUGGUAUGGCUGAUGAUGAUUCCGAGAGCCAGAAGACAAGUCGUCUAUAUGCUUCUAUAGCUGAUUCGAAAUGCCGGGCUGCUGUACAACUUUUAUUGAUUCAGGCGGUGAUGGAGAUCUACAACAUGUAUCGGUCUCGCCUCUCUGCUAAAAACACCUUAGUCCUCUUCAAGGCUUUGCAUGACGUGGCAGCCCAUGCUCACAAGAUCAAUAGCAAUAACAUUUUACGCUCAAAGCUACAAGAAUUUGGCUCUAUGACUCAAAUGCAAGAUCCCCCACUGUUACGCCUAGAAAAUGAGUCGUUUCAGAUAUGUCUGACAUUUUUACAGAAUAUUAUACUGGACAGGCCUCCUACUUAUGAUGAGGCUGAAGUAGAGUCCUAUCUGGUUGACCUUUGUCGGGAGGUAUUACAGUUCUAUAUUGACACUUCUCGCUCAGGACAAACAUCCGAAUCAUAUGUCAAUAAGAAAUUGCAGUGGGCAAUACCUUUAGGUUCUGGGAGACGGAGGGAAUUGGCUGCCCGGGCACCCCUUAUUGUGUCAACACUCCAGGCAAUCUGUACUUUAGGAGAGACUUCCUUUGAGAAGAACUUGUCUCAGUUCUUCCCCCUUCUUUCAGGCUUGAUAAGCUGUGAACAUGGAUCAAAUGAGGUACCGGUAGCUCUCAGUGAUAUACUAAGCUCAUCAGUGGGUCCUGUUUUACUUCGGUCGUGUUGAUCUUACUGGGGUCAGACGGCACAUUUUGGGAUGUAUGCUAUUCUUUAAAUUGAAGUCUUAUAGUUUCUUUCUUUCUUUACUCGUUUGGUUUAAAAAUGUAAUUGUUAUCGGAAGUAUAGUUUCAGAGUGUAUGAAGAGUUAGUGAUGAUUUGGGGUUGUGGCUAGUAUCUAUAAAGCUCAAGCAUUUCUGUUCAGGAGCUUAGCUCCUCUUUGUUCAGAAUUUAUAGAUAUCAUCAGGAGCUUUUCAUGUAUGCUAGUUAGAUAUUUUUCACAUA